UGCUUUUUCAUUCGGCCAAUCGCUGGACUGAAUACUCAGACACCUUGUUGGUGUGUCUGUGAAUCUUCUUAGCUGCGAUUUUUGAGUUCGUGAAUGAUACAGUCAGGUUCCGCACGGUUAUAUUAAAGCGCACCAGGAAUGGAAAUCGAUGUAGACGACGCUCUCUUAAAAGACGACAUAAUCUUUUACUCUAUUUUGUAUUCUUCAGUGACAGUAGCCUUUGCGAUGGCAGUUUUAUCAAAAUUUUUGACCAAUGAAGUCAGAUUCGGCUUUCGUUCAUUUCUUAGUCUCAUUCUUCUUUUCUUAGGGGAACCGCUUUGUCAGUUCUUCGUCAAAGGACCAGGAGGACUGAUUGUGUUUACCGUUGGUUGUUUGCUAGUUUACAGCAUUCUUCCAGCCAGCCACAUGCCUGUUGACAAUAAGGCUGUUCUUGUGACAGGUUGUGACAGUGGCUUUGGUCAUGCCCUUGUGUUAAAGCUUGACAGCAUAGGGAUGAAAGUGUUUGCAGGGUUUUUGGACAAGGAUGGUCCUGGUGCUGUCAAACUUCGCAAUAAAUGUUCAGACAGACUAGUGUGCCUACAACUUGAUGUUACUAGUGAAAAAGAAAUAGAGGCUGUAACAGAAUAUUUACAGCAAACUGUUGGAGACUCGGGUCUUUGGGGACUUGUCAACAAUGCUGGAGUGUGGUAUUUGGCUGAUUUGGAAAUGACAUCAGACAAAAUCAUGCGACAUGUAAUGGAGGUCAACCUGUUUGGAGCAGUUCGUGUGACAAGAGCAAUGCUGCCACUCAUUCGUCAGGCCCGAGGCAGGAUUGUAAAUGUGUCUAGUCUUCUAGGCCGCUUGACACUUGAAGGCUGUGGAGCAUACAGCAUGUCAAAGCAUGCUUUGCAAGCAUAUACAGAGACGUUGCGACAAGAGAUGGCCAAAUGGGAUGUCCAUGUUGCUCUUAUUGAACCCAUGUCUUUUCGUACAGGAAAUACAGAUGAAGAUAUGUUGAGAAGGCGGCAAACAGAAGUAUGGGAUUCGCUAGACCCCAAGACACAAGCAUUGUAUGGCUAUGACUAUUUGAAUGGCAUAUAUUCUCAUGUUGUGGCAUCUGCCUCGUCUUUUCCAACUGACCUCACCCCAGUCAUCCGUUGCAUUCGAAGUGCGCUGCUAUCCAUACGACCUCGAGCACGUUACCCCUGUGGUACAGGAGCAGAGUUUAUCAUUUGUUCUUACCCUCUCCUGCCUGUCUGGCUUGCAGACAAAGUCAUGGCUACAUUUGGACUUCUUCCACGUCAUCUCAAACCUGCCGGUCUUGUGAAAUGAGAGUUCCACCACUUAUUUAUUUGCCUUUCCUGAAGAUAAUCUCAACAAAGCUUGCUUUGCUGCAAAAAAAUAAAGAAGUUUUUAAAAAAACUGGAGCCUGAUAGAUUGUCCUGGAUUCGUUUAUAUUGUGAUGAUCUUGAAAUGCCAGGUGUUCGAGUUGAAAGCAGCUAUUGCUUUUUUUCUGCCCAUGAGCAACAUUUUACAUUUCUGCUAAUUUUUUUUAUCUGUUAAGUUAAUGACAGCAAGAAAGUUUUCACAUACGUUUUGUGUUAACAAGUGGGAAGCAUACGAUUAUUGCAUGAAUUAUUUAAAUAUAGCUUGCCUUGAAGAUGCUUCAGAGAAAACUGGUCUUGAAUAAUGCAGUCGGUCAUUCUUGCACAUUCAACCGAAAGGAGUGAAGACAAUGCCUGCUCAGGUUUCUUACCAUGUGGAUGAAGAGAUGUGAAUGGGGAACCCUUACUAUAGUAAAACCUUGAAACAGAGUGCAAUUUCGUCUUAUAACUGCAGGAACAGUGAAAGGUCUAUUUGACAGCUUACUUUAAUAUAUUUAUUUUUUGUCUUUUUUGCUAUAUCGAAGUAAAAACUCUAGAAACACAACCUAAAGCUGUAUUGAUGUAAAGCUUACAGAUUUCAUAAGAAGUUAGAGUUCUUGUCCUAUUUUAUUCUUUUCAUGUAGAACGAAAUUUUCUGGUAAAAUUACAGAAGAGAUUAAAAGCUAUGCAGAAAAAGACCCAAAUAUGAAAUAGUCUUUAUAUAAGAUUUUAAGUUCUGAUUUAAAUGUUUUAUGUGUUUACAUUCCUCUGUGCCUACUUGAACACUGAAGCUGUCACGUUGAUGCAUUUGUGUGGCAGCAGACUUGAAUAUUUUACUUUUUUCACAGAAACAGAUCUGUUGCACAGUCCCUAAAAAUCCCCCUACCCUCCAAUCAAAUAGCUGUGUGUACACACAAAGGAUACUUCUUGUUGCUUGUCAUUUAGCAGCAAAUAUUUUGCCACCUGCUAUUAUUAAAAUGUUUUUCUACUGACCUUUUGGUCCAGAACAAGGAUAUAGGUGUUCUUGACAGGUUUUGAUUCCAGGUCGGGUGUGCGUCACAUUGACUGUUGCUUCAGUGAUAACUUUGCAUUUACAGAAAUCCUAGGUGGUGAUAAUUGGUACGUAUAAGAGCUGUCAACCAUCUGCCAGUAAUCUGCAUUUCUGUGAUCCUGAAAAUCUUUCAAUAAGGACAGUUAACGUCACUUUAGAGCUGUCGAGAGAACAGUCUAUCAGCUAAAAUCCUGUUGCAGAAGACAACCUAACCCAAAUAAUGACCUUAGUAGCACAUCUUAAAAUUAGGAUCACCUUCAAAGAUAAACAGGAAAUCGUGGAAGGAAAUAGAUUGUUAGGUGCUUUGUGAUUUCUUGACUGAAAGCACAGCAUUUAGUAGAAGCUGAUUAUUACAUUCAGCAAUCUGCCAAGCUGGCCAGUUAGCAUGAAGACUGCUUAUAGUAGUGCAGUAAAGAUUUUGCCAUAAAUUGUAAGGUUGUGGUCACAACUAUGUACUUGUCUCUCUACUGUAUAUAUAUAGUUCAUCAUAUCCAGAGGCUGUAAUUAACUUUUAGCAAGCACUAUCCUGCUAAAAAAUAAAUGCAGAUAAAAAUAGAUCAUUAUAAUAAUAGGAUUAAAAGUAGCCAAGCAUAUUUUUGGUGUAUUAAAGACCCAUCGGUCUUCUAGAAGAAUGUACAAUCUUCUAGGUUCCAGGUUCUUUGCGUGUAAUAAAUUUUUAGAAGUGAAUAUUUUUCAAACAAUCUACUUGUUGAGUGGCAAGCAAAAUGGUAAAUAAAAAAAGGUAACAACAUUUUUCUGUAGCUUAAAUUUGUCUUGAGAUCAUAUUGAAAUCUUUAUAAAACAAGAACUUUGAGAGCAAAGAACAAAUCGGUUUUAUGUCUUGUUGAACAAAUGAUGUCUUUUUAGCUAUGAGACGUCAAUGGUUGUGGUAAAGUGGAGCAUAUGUAUGUAUUAUGCUGUGAUCAUGAGUCGGCUAUCUUCUAAUAAUUUUUUCUGUGAAACGGAUCUCCGGUGACAGUUGCUAUAUUGCAGGAUGUGUGAGCUAGAGCUUGUUGCUGAAUGGUAGAGCAUGAUUGUGAGGUUUCAUUGUGUCAGGUACUGCAUAUCUGCAGCACUACAGUGGAAGUAGUCAAUGCAAGGUGAAGCUUGAAUAAGUUUAUGUGAACAGGAAAAGAACCAUUGAUUUUAAAUACCAGACUUUUUUCCCAGUGGAAUGGAUCUGGAGCUGAAAGUUCAGACAUUUGUUGUCAGAGCAAUUCGCUGAAUGUGUGUUGAUGCUAGAAGUCAGGAAUAUGCACAAAAAUUGUUGUCUAAGAAGAGAUAACAUCAGAAGAUAGGAUAUAUUUUGUUGUUUGAAAUGAUGGGAGCACAAGCAAAUUAAAAAGCAUACAACUGGUUCUGCUUGGUUGAUCUGGUAUGGUGGAUAUUAAUGAAAGAAAGCAUUGUAUAAACAGAGAAUUCAAUGUAAUUUAUUUCACUUUAACUUGAGGUUUAUUGUGUAUAAGAGUCUCUGUGUGAAAUUUUGUGGGGCAAACAGCUUCCUGUAAUGUUUUUCUGAAAAUAAUGUGUGCUGGAGCAUAAUUGAAUCUAGUCAGAUUGGUACCAUGCCUUUACAUUUUUAGCAAAUUAUAAUCAUGUGAAUCUAAGAUUUUGUUAAUGCAGGUUUUGUAGGUGGUGCCACUUACAAAAGCAGGUAGUGUCAGUGCCAUGGGGAGUCCCAGACUUGUGUGUGUGUGGGUGCUGUGCAUGUAUGGAUACUUGUAUGUACAUAUUUAGUGUAAUUAUGCAUAACCUUGCACCCACUAGACAUAAGGUGACCCCCUUUGAAGCAUUACUGGCCUUUAAAAGGAAGCCAGAACUGAACUAAGACUUUUAAAGAGUCAGAAGUAGAACUGUUCAUUGUUCAGCAUUGUCCUUAAGAUGUUACAUGCUUAACAUUACAUGGUACAUGGUUUAGAUCUCUCAUAUCUCUUAAAUUCAUUCUUUCAAGAAAGAUUGCAAAAUAAACAAAAGGCAUGAAUGGGACAUAUCUUAAUGGAAUGGUAAAUGUCAAAACUGUGUGUUUGACAGCUUUACCUAGUAGGUGUACUUUUGAAAGUGUUAAAACAUCUCUUUAAAAGGCUGUUGAUUGCUAUUAAUGACAACAUUUAUCAAAAGACUUGGUCUCUUGGCCUUUUUUGAAUGUGUGCUGGCAUUUACUUAUCAGAUACAUUGAGAGAUAAGGCUGAAAAAAAUGGCUGCCUUUCCUGAAAAGUUACAAUUUAUCUGCAAUAGUCUGGUUUCAGAAAGGCCAUUUUCCAUGAAGAAAAAGAGAAUAUAUUCUGAAAAAUGAUGAAAUUUGUUGAGUACAGUGUAAAGGGAUGUUCGAUUAAUGGUUUGGAUUUUCGUGAUGCUAAAUUCUGUUUAGUGUGAUAAAGGUUAGCAUUGCUGUAGAGUCUGUAAUAGUUUUGCACAAUUUGCUCAAAGAUGUCCUUUAUUCUGGAAUAAAAUACCGUGCAGGUAUUUAGAGGGGUACUAGAAGACUGAAAGUACCAGCAUAAACAACUUGGUUUUUUUUUUUUUUUUUUGGAUGCUGAAUCUCAGAUAGGCAUGUUCCAUGGCACAUCUGCUCAAAAAUCUCGCAAGAUGAUAAUUAUCCAUUUUAUUCGUUUGGUUCUUUUUCUUUUCUUUUCUAUUCCCUUUUGCAGACUGCCAAGGUUUUGCAUGAAAUGUCAGACUCUGCUUUUAUUUUUUGGUUUGUAAUGAUAUUUUGUUGAAAAUGUUUACUGCACGUGUAAUAUAUAUAUAUUUUUUUUAUUAUGUUGCUUUUGGUGUAAUAUAUUUGCAUUGUGGACCACUAAUAAAAAUUCAUUACACUAGUA